AUGACGAUGAAGAUGAAGCUCAAGUUUACUCCUGAAGCUUUUGCUGCCUUCUUUCAUGGUGGUACUACUCUUAUUACUCCUUUUACUUCUUUUCAUUCACGCAAUUAUUACUCCAUUGCAACUGAUGCUGUUAUUCAAGAUCGUCAGUUGUUUCUCCAUUCAGUUAGAGAACACUGCCUUUGUCGGAUUGGUGACAAUGCUGCUGCCCUUCACUUGCUUAAGAAGAUGCAAUGUGUAUUUGCUUUGAAAGAGGCCCUCGACCUGUUCACUGCCAUGAAAAGUGAGGGCAUUAAACCUGACGUUGUCACUUAUACCUCCUUGAUUAGAGGUCUCUACAACUCCGGCUCCAAGGUCGAGGCUAAAGAUAUGCUAGCUCAGAUGUUGGAGUGUAACAUAGCACCAAGUGUUAUCACCUUCAGCAUGCUUGUUGACAUGUUUUGCAAAGAUGGGAAUGUUGAUGAAGCACAAGCUAUUCUAGACUACAUGAUUGAGAGAGCUUAUGCAAAAAACGCGCUACUUGAUGAGGCAGUGGCGUUACUUGAAGAAAUGGAGGAUAAUCGUGUUAAGCCUAAUGUUGUCAUCUAUAAUAUCUAA